GGUCCUUAUGGGGUCAUAUGGGGUCUUAUGGGGUCCUGAUGGGGUUCUUCUGGGGUCUUACGGGGUCUUAUGUGGCCUAUUGGGGUCCUUAUCGGGUCCUUAUGGGGUCCUGAUGGGGUCCCUAUGGGGUCGGGGGGAUAUGGGGUCUUUAUGGGGUCCUUACAGAACCGUAUGAGCGCCCUGCCCAAGGACUUCGAGGGCCGGCACCACGUCCUGCACUGGCUGCAGACGCUGAGCUCCAUGUCGGCUGCAGACGAGCUGGACGACGCCCAGGUCCGCCAGAUGCUCUUCGACCUCGAGUCCGCCUACAACGCCUUCAACCGCUGCCUGCACGCCUGAACCGGAACCGGAACCAGAACC